GCCUCAUUGAUCCCAGGGCAUGCGAUCCGUACACAGACAUGAGGGUGGAAGCAACGGUCUUGUGAGCACCAAUUCUGCUCGUCGACAAGUGUGGGGGAAACACUCAGGUCAGCAAGAUAGGGGCAGGAGACUUUUCUACGUCUUCUAGCUUAUCAAUCAUUGUCACAGAGACGUGCAAAAAGAUCCAGAGGGUGGCAUCCUCGACCGAGGUGAUUCAAGCUGUUGAUUUGCAGCCUUGAAACUCUCCGUUGCGGGAGAGGCUGAAAGAAGAGCUGAUCAGCAGCCCAGUGUACGUCGAGCAGCAUUAUACGCGUCCAUCAAGCCAUCCAGGAUGCACCAGUAAGAAGAUACAGACAUUUAGCGCAGCACUGCUCGUCUGACUCAGUCAUCCAGAGGAGGGAUCAGUAGGACGAAGUAAGGCGGUUGACAAAUAUAUCACCUGAGGACAGAGGUCCCAUUGUCAGCAGAGAGGAGGGGAGGGAAUGCCCUCGCACAGACGCAGUUCAGAGUCUGGCCAGGCGGCCAGCAUGGAGCCUGCAGGCAACCAUGUGAGCAGCAGCCCUGCCGCUGCCGACAAGCGCAGAUCCAUCCCUCUGCCCAAUCUGGAGACAGCCAGCAGGUUGAAGACGUACGUGGGAAAUGCGAUCAACACGGCGUCGGCUGCGCCGGCGUGGCUGGCGGCCAAGGCGGUGCCGGUGGCGGCUGACGGCGCCGGUCUGCUCAGGAACGCCGCUGCAGACAGGGUGGCCCUCUUCCGGCGAGGGGCACAGUAUGACGAGCUGGAGGAGGAAGAGGACGAAGCAAUGAAGCGGCGGACCAUGGCGCUCAGCAGCGCCGACGCACCGCCGCAGCCGUCCGGCAGAGCCGCCUCCGCCUCACAACAGGGGCAGGAGGGAGGGGGCGACGCGUCGAGCGAGCCGAGCCCUACCGGCCGCUCGGCCAAUGGCUGCCAAUUGGCGCGCAGCUCCGUGCACGACGAGCCGGCCAUGAUACUCUUCGAUGAAGACGAUGACCCGCCAGUCCUUGUGCGGCAGUCCACUCGUGGGGCCCUUGCAGGACAAGAAGCAGCUGCUAGACCGAGCUCUGCUGCAUCCUCCGUGUCAGCAGCCUCAGACCUGCUCUCGGAGGGGUGGCCCUCGGCCAACGGUGCCUUCAGGGCGCCACCCAUGAGCGCAGCGCCCGUCGCGGCAGCGCAGUCGCCGGGGCCAAAGCCCCGGCCGGCCGCCGCGGCCGCGGCGCAGCCGUCGCCGGACGCGAUUGGCCGCCGGAGCCCGUACGCUCCGCUGCGGCCGUCGCCGAAGGCGGCCAAGGUGCUGAAAACGCCGCAGCUGUCAUUUGUUUCGGACGACUCUGCCAUGGAGGUUCCCCUCAGCCGCCGCAGCGCUGGAGGCGGCAGCAGCGCCAGCCCGCUUGUGCAGCCGCAGGCCGAGGAGGUGAGUCACCACUUGCAGGGUACGGAGCAGCCGGCCUUGCGCAACAACUCGCAGCAGUCGCUCAUAAGAAACCGAACGCCCCCGCCCGCCCCGCGACCCUCCCGGCCGCCGCCGCCCCCGCCGAUUGACCCCGACCUGCUCUCGGCGCUCACAGACAGCAGGGGGAGCAUGCAGAUGGUGUCACGCCAGUCGAGCGCAUCUUCAAGCGUUCCAGAGAGGGGCGCGCUGCGACGAACAGAAGACAGCGAGGUUGGAUUGAACGAUAACGGCGGCGGCGGGUCGUGGGAUAUCUUUGAGCCGCGCGCGGCCGAAAGUGCGGCUGCGGCUGCUGCCGGGCCCCUGUCAGAAGGCCUCAACGGCGGCACGAUGGGGCUGGCUGCGCUCAAGCAAAUGACAGGCCGGCAGCUGCUGCAGACGCUGGAGGUGGGCGCCCCGGUACGCAAGAAGUGGGUGACACGGCUGUCAGCCGCGGAGGCCGCCGCAGCCGCCAAGACGACGCGCCAUGUUCGGUGCUUCGUUCGCGGCGGCAAGGUCUGCCUGCGCUACCUGCACCAGGGGGUUAAGGGGCUAUUGGACCGAGGGGAGGUGUCGGCGACGGUGCAGCGAGUGGAGGUUCCAGGUGGCAAUUGGGCGCCUGGAGCCAGCAUCACCAUAUACACCUCCAGGGGCACACUGUUGUUGGAGCCGCUGGGCCCCGGCGCAUACUCGCAGUGGGUGCUCGGUCUCAAUGCAGCGCUCGUGGCCUGCCAGACCCGCCGCAAGGAUUAUGUUUACGCCUGCCCGGCACACACCAUCCCCCGCAACUCAAUGUUUGUUGUCGCCGAUGCCGCCGCGCCGGCCGCCGCGCCAGCUCCCCGGUGA